UUUGCCUCAUGUCUGUUGUCGAGAGAGAAAAGCUCUCUCUCGAGAGACUCCUGGAAGUUGCCGUGACAGCGCUCGAGCUGUAGAGGUUGGCUAUGGCGGCUAUGGCGGCAGUGACCGGCAAGUCGAUGUGGCCUGGGUUGUCGGCCCGCGUCGCCGGCGACAAGGCGGGGAAUGGUCUUUUUUGCAUUGUCGACAGUAAUAUUGCUGUGUCGGUUAGGAGGAGGAGGUGUGAUGCGGUUGCCAGCUGUCCCGAUCCCGUUAAGAUAAAGCGGAGCUGGCGUUUCUGUCGGGAUGCUGACGUGUCUGCCAGAACUCGCAAAUGUCAGAUCGGCUGUUCGAGCCGUGCCAUGGCACAGCGGCAGUGCUGGGAUAACCUUUCUGCAUCGUCGGCAUCCUCCUCCUCCUCCUCCUCCUCCUCCUCCGCCGCCGCCUCCUGCUCUUCCUCCUCGUGCUCGUAUGCAGGAGCAGAAAUGGUGGGAAGGUCAUUCUCAUCUGUUCGAGGGUCAAAAUGCGUGGCGGGAACAUGCUCGGCUGCGGCCAGUUUUGGCGCGAAAUGCAGAAUCAUGGGCGCAGUUUUGGCGGGGACAUCAUGCUUACCUGUCACGAAAUUUGACGCCAAAGGCAGAACCAUUGCCGCCGCCGGCAAAAUGCGCGCCAUAGCCUGCAAGUCCGAGGGAAAGGAUGCGGCAGAACGGGAGACGUCAACGAAAAACACCGUGCUUGUGACUGGUGGUGCCGGUUUCAUAGGGAGCCACGUGGCAGCUGCUCUUUUGUCGCGAGGAGACCAAGUGGUUGUCGUUGAUGAGCUAAAUGAUGCUUAUGAUCCGAAGAGGAAAGAAGCAAAUUUACAGUGCCUUGCAGAAAUUGCGCAGAAAUCGGGUGGAGAUGAUUUGUGCGUGGUCAAAGCCGACGUGGCAGAUCGUGCAGAGAUGGAGCGCCUCUUCGACAGCCAAGCCAUAGAUAUGGUGUGUCACUUAGCUGCUCGAGCUGGAGUGCGUGCCAGCCUGUCUUAUCCAGACAAGUAUGUCCGUGCCAACGUGGAGGGGACCACCAUUCUCCUUGAUCGUGCUGCCAAGUCCCGCUGCUCCAAUUUCGUCUAUGCUUCAAGCAGCAGCGUCUAUGGUGAUCGACCUCGGCUGAAAGAUCUCUCAGCCGCAUCAAUGCCAACCGACCAAGGACCAGUACCAGGAUCAGGACCGGGAACAGGACCAGGAACAGGAUCAGGAACGGGACCAGGAACAGGAACAGGACUAAGAACAGGAUCGGGACCAGGACUAGGAACACGAACAGGAACAGGAUUGGAACCAGGACUGGGAACAGGAUUGGAACCAGGAAGAGGAACGCCGUUGAUCUUUGAGCGAUUCAGAGAGCAUCUGUCAUUUAAAGAAAGUGACGUGGCUGAUUCGCCAAGGAGUCCCUAUGCGGCAACGAAGCGGUCUGCCGAGAUGAUGGCACGGAUUUAUCAUGAUGUGUAUGGUCUGCAUACGACGGGGUCGCUGCCAACAAUGGAAGGACCUAUUCCUCAGCCUGUUGCUGGUAGCGCUUUCCGUGCAUGGGCGUAUCGGGAUGUGAACUAUGAUGUUCACUUCUACUCGCUAGAGAGCAAAAGCCCCUCUGAUUUUGAAAUGCGGCAGGUUUCCGACCAGGACUAUAGGGAUGCAGAUGGGCUUAGGUGGUCCCUUGACGAGCUCCUGCAUCUCCUGUAUAUCAAACAGCAGGAGAUUGAUUCCCUGCAGCGGGCGCUGGCUGAUCAGCAGCGACUCCACGAUGAACAGUUGGUUUUUUUGCUCCAGAAGGUUAGAAUGUCGCACGAGGAGGUGGUUCAGGUCUUGGGUGGCAAGCAGUUCGCAAAGAAGGUGACUGCAGCAUCAAGAGGACUUUCCCGCUUUGCACCCAAGAAUAAGUCUUCCGUGGCUGAGGUGCAAGCAGCGCUGAAGUUCGCUGUCACUGAGCCUCAGGCUUUGUGUGCAAUCGAGGUGCUGUACAGUCUGCUGAUGGCCGCCAGGAGAGAGUUUGAGGAAUUUGUUGCUGCCACUUCCGUCCAGCAAACUGCUGCUGCUACGUAUGAUAUAACUAUCCAGCAGGCUUCUGUUCUUCAGAGGUUGAGGUUCACGCUUGGUAGGUUGCUGCUUGCUGCUGCGGACGGGGAUGCGAGACGCCCUGUGAACGUCAUCCUGCCUGAGAUGUUGCAGAAGAGCCGUAAAAAAUUGCAGAUCGAGUGUGGAACUUUGCAGCUUCGCCUUGCCUCCCAAACAACCGGUUGCUGUCCGUUUUGCGGCUACACGCUCUCUGGACCUGCUGCAGGUUUGUCUUCCUCCACAGUUGGGCUGAGUGUCCCCCCGGAACCAUUCGAGAAGGCCAGUGGUCCCCCAGGGGAGGAUGAUAUGCUCAUAAGUUGACCGCACAUUACAGAGGUUGACACGUUCCGUCGUCAUCUCCUCGACAGUGCAUCCCUUCCGAGGGAGCUAGAUGACAAACGUCAGUUUCAUUUUGAUGACUUCGGCUCGCAGCUCAUGCUUGUCGACAGACAGGAGGAUAUUGACAUUCUCGUUCCGGUGGUCCACAUCGCUCCCGACGAUAACGAUUACGAUUUCCAUGUCGUGCCUCCAGAGUAGCCUGCUCUGUGUUGUUUGCUGCUGCUGUUUGUUUUCCGUGUGAGUAUGAGUACAGGGUGUCGGUUGACGCAGUGCCCGUCGUGUUUGCAGCUGUCGUUUCUUUUCUGUCUGCUAUCACCCUGUCCUUUGAGAUAGAAACGGUCGGUUGGCAAUCCGCUGCGUUCCUUUUUGGCCCUCCACUCGGCAUGCUGUGUUUCCAGGGAGCUGUACAUGACGAGGGUUUAGUCUUUAGAUUCG